AUGUCGAUUGAGCAAAGUUUUACGAGACGACAUGUUGACCUCGAAUUUGUCAUAAAUGAGCGGAAACUACUUACUAAAAAAGAGUUUGAGCUGACACUUCCCAAUUCAAACUAUGACAAUUAUGUAAAGGAAUUUUAUCGACGGAAAAUAGCAAAAUUUUACGAAAGAAACUGCAAUACACAGUGGUUUAUCGAGAAAUUUUUUAGUGAUUCGUUCUCUAAGGACAAGAUUUUAGAGCGUUACCAUAAUUUCAGCCAAAAAGUGGAAAGCGACUUUUUAGUUCUCGAUUCCAAGAGUGAAUUUACACGUAGAUUCAACGAGGUGGACAAAAAGUACAUUUUUCUUGAACGCAUUCCACCGAAUUAUAGUGAGGAUGACGUUUGUGAAUUAUUGAGACCAUUCAAAGAAAUUAAAAAGCUUGAGUUGUCAAAAUCGAACUAUAACACGGUUUUUGAUAGAGAAGCGGUAAUCACCCUUUUUCCUGACUCGGAUUUGUUGUUAUGUAAAGAAAAAGUUGAAGAGCUGUGUACAAAGGGAAUUCUCGUACAGCCAUUCGAGUUAGGUGAUGAAAUAAUAAUAAAGAGCGCCUGGGUUGACUGCAGAGACAAAGACAGCGCCAAUUUAAGAAAGAUAUUUACGAUACUUAACAAGAAUUAUAAGACCAACAUUGCCUAUGAAUGUGAUAAUGACGAUAAGUUCAUAACAUUUUUGCGCCAUGUGUUUUUGUAUUGCUACUAUUGUUCUCGUCAUUUUGAGACAGAGAUCGAAAUGAUCAGGAAAUGUGGCGAUUACCAUGUGAGAGAUGACCGAGUGCAACGGAGAGUGUUCGAUCGUAAACAGAAAAUUAUAACAAUGGAAAGAGACUUUGGGUACUUGAAAAUGGAUUCCCCAGAAACCGAACUCGAGAAGUAUAUUAUUAAGGUGACCGAUAGUGUAUUUAGGUGUGAUCUCUGCCACAAGACAUUUGAGCAGCUAGUAUACGUUAAAAAACACAUCAAAAACAAACAUGAGGAGCUUUACUCUGAUAUUGAGCAAGGAAUAGUUAGAUUUAACAGUUUUUUGGGUAGGAUUGAUAUAAACUUACUUAACUAUUUCGAUGGCAUUGAUAACAACUACUUGCCUACGUUUUGUGUUCACGAAGAGGAAGGUAAUGCCGUAAAGUACGAUCUUAAAAGACUGUUUUCGGGUGAUAUAAAAAUAAGUAAAUAA